AUGGAUCCGGUCAACUCUAAUGAUUACCUGCUCAAUGUCUCUACUUUAAUAAGAAACAGCAUUCACAUUCCAACACCUGCCUCAAAAGUGAUUGUUGCACUUCUUUUGUUCACGUCAUUUAUAAUUGGCACUAUCACCAAUGGUCUCUACCUAUGGGUGCUAAAAUUCAAAAUGAAAAAGACUGUUAAUACUCUGUUAUAUUUUCAUCUCAUUCUCUCUUAUUUUAUUUCAACAUUAUUUUUGCCAUUUCUGGCCAUCUCCUACCUUCAGGAAAAUCACUGGAGCUUUGGAAUGGCCACAUGCAAGGUCUUCAAUAGCAUUUUGUCUGCAGGGAUGUUUGCCUCUGUUUUCUUCCUCUCAGCCAUCAGCAUUGAUCGUUAUCUUCUCACUCUUCACCCAGUGUGGUCACAGCUGCACCGAACCCCACGCUGGGUUUCCAGCAUCAUCUUAGGAGUCUGGAUGUUUGCCACUGCCCUCAGCAUGCCCUAUGUGGUUUUCAGAGAGGCACAUGAUGACCAUAAAGGAAGAGUGACCUGCCAGAAUAACUAUGCUGUGUCUACUAACUGGGAAGGCAAAAAGAUUCAAACAUUAAGAAAAUGGAUUCAUGUAGCCUGUUUCAGCAGCCGCUUCUUGCUGGGCUUCCUUCUGCCUUUCCUCAUCAUCACCUUUUGUUAUGAAAGAGUAGCCAAAAAGAUGAAAGAGAGGAGCCUCUUCAAAUCCAGCAAGCCCUUCAAAGUCAUGAUGACUGCCGUUAUCUCUUUCUUUGUGUGUUGGAUGCCCUACCAUGUAUACCAAGGCUUAAUUCUCACUAAGAACAGAUCACUACUUUUCCAGUUGACUCUGAUACUCACAGUGAUAACUACUUCUUUCAAUACUGUCUUUUCUCCCACACUCUACCUAUUUACUGGGGAGAACUUCAGAAAGGUUUUCAAGAAGUCUGUUCUUGCUCUUUUUGAGUCAACAUUCAGUGAAGAUUCUUCGGAAGAAAGGACACAAAACCUAAAUUCAGAAGCCGAUAUUUAA